ACAGACCGAGAUAGAGGUGGGCAGAGGUGUGACUGAGUGGACAGACAGAGGCAGAGGGAGACUCAGAGCCAGCUGGGCUUUUGCCAUAUCUUAUUUUUAUUUAGGGAUUUCAAAGAGAGAGGGGAAAAGGCUGAAGUACUAUAGCAGUGGUUUUUUCGUGCGUAAACGGGAUAGGUUGUUCUCCAAAUUCUUAGGAGUUCUGCUACACUUUCAGACUGAGCAGUUUAUUUGGAGGUAGUGUCCUGGGUGGAGUUUUCUUUGCCUCGUAAGAAUAUUUCAUACACAUUUAGUAUGUUACAUGCUUCGCUAGUGCGCCCAUGUGUUCCAUAUAUCUAUCUGAGCAUCAUUUAUUCGCAAGAUUCCCUGCGGUGCACGGAUUACAAUGCAAAGGAUUUUGGAGGUUUGGGUCACCUUGGUGACAGUAUCUGCGCUGACCAAGGGGGUCUUUGGAGGAUACGGACUGAGCAUGUUUGCUGCACAGUCUUCCCCUCCGGACCCGUGCUAUGAUGAGAACGGGAACCCACGGAGAUGCAUCCCCGACUUCGUCAACUCCGCUUUUGGUAAGGACGUGCGCGUAUCCAGCACCUGUGGCAACCCCGCCGCCAGGUACUGCGUGGUGGUCGAGAAGGGAGAGGAGAGGACGAGGGACUGUCACACGUGCGACGCCGGGGACCCCAAGAAGUCCCAUCCACCUGCGUAUUUAACAGACCUCAACAACCCUCACAACCUCACUUGCUGGCAGACUGAAAACUACGUGCAGUAUCCGCAGAACGUCACCCUCACCUUGUCGCUUGGUAAAAAGUUUGAGGUCACCUAUGUGAGCCUGCAGUUUUGCUCACCUAGACCUGAGUCGAUGGCGAUCUACAAGUCCAUGGACUACGGCAAGUCAUGGGUGCCGUUUCAGUAUUAUUCUACUCAGUGCAAGAAAAUGUACAACAGACAGAAUAAGGCAGCAAUUACCAAGCAGAACGAGCAAGAAGCCAUCUGCACGGACUCCCACACAGACAUGCACCCUCUGACAGGUGGACUCAUCGCCUUCAGCACCCUGGACGGCAGACCGUCGGCGCACGACUUCGACAACUCCCCGGUGCUGCAGGACUGGGUGACGGCCACCGACAUCAAGGUGAUCUUCAGCCGGCUUCACACUUUCGGAGACGAGAACGAGGACGACUCGGAGCUGGCCCGCGACUCCUACUUUUACGCCGUGUCGGACCUGCAGGUCGGAGGACGGUGCAAGUGCAACGGGCACGCUUCAAAAUGCGUCAAGGACAGAGAAGGGAAUCUGGUUUGUGAGUGCAAACACAACACGGCGGGACCGGAGUGCGACAGGUGCAAACCUUUUCACUAUGACCGACCAUGGCAGCGCGCCACGGCCAGAGAAGCCAACGAGUGUGUCGCCUGCCACUGUAACCUGCAUGCCCGUCGCUGUCGUUUCAACAUGGAGCUGUACAAGCUGUCAGGCCGGAGAAGUGGUGGCGUCUGUCUCAACUGUCGUCACAACACAGCGGGACGCCAUUGCCACUACUGCAAGGAGGGUUACUACAGGGACAUGACCAAGUCCAUUUCUCACCGGAGAGCUUGCAAAGCAUGUGAUUGCCAUCCAGUUGGAGCAGCAGGGAAGACGUGUAACCAGACAACAGGCCAAUGCCCCUGCAAGGACGGAGUGACAGGAAUCACCUGUAACCGCUGUGCCAAGGGCUACCAGCAGAGCCGCUCUCCCAUCGCCCCCUGCAUCAAGAUCCCAGUUGCAUCUCCGACAGCAACUUAUAGCAGCUACGAGGAGCCGUCAGAUUGCGAAUCUCACUGUAAAGCUUCCAAGGGAAAGAUGAAGAUCACCAUGAAGAAAUACUGUAAAAAAGACUACGCUGUCCAAGUGCACGUUCUAAAAGGAGACAAGGCAGGCGAAUGGUGGAAGUUCACCGUCAACAUCAUUUCUGUCUACAAACAAGGUGAGAACCGCAUCCGCCGCGGGGACCAGCUGCUGUGGGUUCGCGCCAAGGACGUGGCCUGCAAAUGCCCAAAGAUCAAGCCUGGGAGGAAGUACCUGCUCCUGGGUACAGACGACGAUUCCCCCGGGCAGAGCGGCGUGGUGGCGGACAAGGGAAGCCUGCUCAUCCCUUGGAAGGACCUGUGGGGCCGCCGACUCAGGAAGUUCCAACAGCGUGACAAGAGGGGAAAGUGCUAAAAGUUGCUGGAGAGGAGAGAAAGAGAGAGCGAUUGAGGGAGAGGUGGAGGCAAAAUAACGUCUCCACUUGGAUGAAUGCAAAAAAAUAAAUAAACUGGAAGAGUACAAGAUAGAUGGGGGAGUGACUGAGUGCUGCUGCUCUGAGUUGGAGCGAAGAGUUUAGUGUUUUUUAGGAACUUUUGUGAAGGAGCUCAUUCUACAGUUGUUCUGUUUCUGUUUGUCUUUCAAGGUUUGUUUUGUUGUGUAAUUGCAGAGUUUGCACCUAAUGUUACAGAUAUGUCACAUCCUGACUAUGUUACCCAUGAUGCCUCUGGUUUUUUUUUACAGUCCCUUGUUCAGUUGUUUUAAAGAGCAAUGCAUCUACUGUAUCACCCUUUUGUAUUUUAAGAGGAUCUAUUUCCACUGUGCUGCGUAAAACAUUAUCAAGUUAAAUGAAGAGACACUGCGUGGCAUUGAGGGACUCCACUCAUGUAGGAUAAGUUGCUCUUGUAACCUGCCAAACUUUGGAUAAACGUUUUCAACAGCUGAAAGUGAAAAAUUGUGAAAUUAUUCAUAACUGUGGAAAACACAAUAGGUGCCAUUUUGUCCGAGAGCUCCCUGCUCAUGUGUGAGUGUUACCUCAGUGAAACAACUAGUGUUGUGGGAACAAAAUGCCAUAAUGAUCCUCUGCUCAGUUUGUGUAAUGAUCAUACAGUAUUUCACAUUACAAGCAAGUCUUUGCUCAGCGCUUAUUGAUAUAUCAACAGUAUGUUGUGGUUGUGAUCUCUGCAAUGUAAAGUAACCAUACGUGCAUACGUAGACAUUAUUUUUAGUAGACGAUGCCGUAGCAUCAACUAUAUGUAGAGUAGACAUGUCAACCAUGCACUUAUUUUUACUAGUCAAAAGUUAUAGAACAUAUGAGAUAUGUUCACAUUUUUAGAGUGGCAUCCAAAAAGAAAAAAAAAAAUCCCAUACUGCACCACAUGAUGCAAAAAAGCUGUAUAGUUCAAACCCUGCUUGCCUCACUGAUGACUCUUCUGUAUGGACUUGUGCUUCUGGUUGACAGUAACAACCCUAUUCAGCUUUGUCACAACUGCAGAUAAGUCAGAAUUUAGUGUUUGUAUUCUAAUAAAGGACUAAAUGUAAGUUGGAUGUCCCAAACAUUUGCAAGUGAGAGAGCUGAUGAAGUGAACCCUCUCACUUCAUUAAAAAAAAAAAAAGAGAGAGAGCGCCUAUCAAGCAAUCCUCAUACCACUGACAUAAUGCAUGCUCACUAUUUACUGUAGCUGACUGAUAGCUAACAAUGAUUGUGAAUUAUGUACACAUUUAAUUUGUAUACAAUAUUCAGUAUUGUGGGAAAAUAACCUGUGGAGUGAUAAAAUAUCACAGAUCUUUAUUGUACAGUGCGUGCAGCACGCUGUGUCAAAUGUUCGUCACCUCAAAGCGACUUUUUGAGGACUGGAUUCCAUUAUCAAGACUUGGUACUCGACAAAAAGGCAUGACCAAUUGUCUACAUGUUAUAUAGCUGUAUAGUAUUACUUUAUUUUUUAUUUUUUUGUUAAACAUUAGCUAGAUCUAUCUCCAUGUGAACUAAACCAGAGUUUUAAAUACUAGAGGCAAAUAACAAAUAAAUGUCGGAGAAAUGUCUCAUGUUUACGUGAGCACCCAGAGGAUCACACACUCUCUCACUCACACACACACACACACUGAGAGAGGGACUAUGACUCAGUUUACACGUACACAAAAUCAUACAGUACACUAACACAUGCAGGACCACACCCAAAUACACACAUGUGCGCACACACAUAAAUAUAAGGGUACACCGCAGUACUCUGUGCAUCACACUGUAAUGUCUUUGAAAAUUACAACGCACUCACAAAGCCUCUGCCAACACAUCUGUACCGACACACUUCGACUUGUUUUGUAGGCGUUUGCAAAGGUACUCCCUACCAGACUUCUGCUCUCCAGAAAUAUUAUAUCUGAAUAAUUAUCAGCUCAUGUUUAUACAUUGGCUUGUAAAUGUUGUUUAGCAGUGUCCAUUGCAAAUGGUUGUGUAAUGUCUUGUAAUACUAAUAUAUUAUGUUUAUCACAAAUGAAUAUAUUUAAUGACACAUGAAAAAAAAAAUGUGGCUUUUGUGGUUUUUAUUUUUGACCUUUUAUUUUUUACUUUUUGCAUUGAAUUGUAGAUGGCUGUAAUGAAAAGUAUUGAUAAGUGUUUGGCUAUUGAACAGCCUGAUAGAACUGAAAAUUAAUUCAUCUGAAAUAAAGCUGUGUAAAAAGAAGAAAUUCA